CUUCUCGUUUUCUCCAUUGAGUUUUCGUCCAUUUGUUCAAUUGAGUUUUCUUUCGUUUCGUUUCUUCUCUUUGAAUUUCCUCUGUUUGUUUUCUGAGAAAGAGGAAAAGGGUCUCUGUUGGUUUGGUUCAUUGGGUAGUUUUCCUCUGUUUCUGGGGAUUCUGUUGCGAUUAGGGUUUAUGGGUGUUUUAGAGAUUGGAGAUUUGAUGGGGAAUCCAGGACGGUUUUAGCGUUGACAAUUAGAACAAAGAAAGCCUUGAGUUGUGGAUGGUAAUUGAUUUGAUUGAUUUAUUGAUUUGGGGAGAUAUGAUAAUCAAGCGGAACCUCAAAUCGCAAAUGCCGAGUUUGAAACGGUGCAGACUCGGCAGUUCAGGGGGUGAAGACGAAGAUAACUCGCGAACAAUUCGUAAGAAACGAAAAGUGGACAAGUAUUAUCCUUUGAAUCUCCUCGGAGUGGUCGCCGCCGGAAUAAUUCCGGUGAGUCUCCACGGUAUACUUGGCCCCAAGGAGAUCGCUGCCUCGUGGUGCACUGAAGUCUCUUGCUCCCCAGGUGAAGUGGAGUCAAAAUCCAAGGGCUCUAAUUCGUCCAUGCCCAAGAAGGAGGUUUCUCGGCCUCCGCUUGUGAGGACGUCGAGAGGUCGAGUUCAGGUACUUCCUUCUCGGUUUAAGGAUUCCGUUAUCGAGAAUUGGAAGAAGGAGAGUAAAACUAGUUUUGAUGAUGAUUCUGAGUGCAAAAAGGAUAAAGUCAGUUUUAAGACACCCAAAACUUGUAAAAAAGAUGUAAAAAUCAGAGGAAAUGAGGAGAAGAAUGGGUAUAGAAGUGGAAAAUAUCCUACAUUGCGCCUGGAAGAUGAAGUGGGUAAUAAUUGUAGUUUUGAUGUUAGGAAGUAUUCAAGUUCACGUGGUUCACUAACUUCAGUACAUGAGCAAUUGAUUGAGGAUGCAAAUGUAGAGACUGUUAAUGUAAUAGGGAAGAAGCCGAUUGUGAAGGAGAAGAAUGGUGAGAGGAAAGAUGGGUUGUAUGGGCCUGAGGAUUUUUAUUCAGGUGACAUAGUAUGGGCAAAGCCAGCAAGGAAGGAGCCAUUUUGGCCAGCCAUUGUGAUUGAUCCCAUGACCCAAGCACCUGAGCUGGUUUUAAGGUCUUGUAUACCAGAGGCAGCUUGUGUGAUGUUCUUUGGCCACUCUGGGAAAGAGAAUCAACGGGAUUAUGCAUGGGUCAGGAGAGGGAUGAUUUUUCCAUUCACAGACUUUGUGGACAGGUUUCAGGAGCAGCCAGAAAUUGGCAGCUGCAACCACAGUGGUUUCCAGAUGGCAAUGGAGGAGGCUUUUCUGGCAGAGCAGGGGUUUACAGAGAAAUUGAUACAGGAUAUAAACAUAGCAGCUGGAAAUCCAAUUCAUGAUGAAUCUGUUCAUAGAUGGUCUCACUCUCAGGAGGCUACCAGUUCAAACCGGUAUCAGGACCACCAUUCUCCUAAUCAGGCGGGUUUUCUUUACAGUACCAUCUUGUUCAGUGGUCUCCUGACUUUUUCCAUCUUCCUUCUUGAGUUCAACCUUUUUGUAUUAUAUUGGAAGUAUAGAGAUUCGAGACCUUGUGAAGUCUGUGGCACCAGCCUUCCUUUUAAAAUGACAAAGAAAAUGAAAGCAUCAGCUCCUGCAGGCCAAUUCUUAUGUAAAACAUGCACUAGAUUAACUAAAUCAAAGCAUUAUUGUGGAAUAUGUAAGAAAAUUUGGAAUCAUUCAGAUAGUGGGAGUUGGGUACGUUGUGAUGGUUGCAAAGUUUGGGUGCAUGCUGAGUGUGACAAAAUCUCAACCAAUCAUUUCAAGGAUCUUGGGGGCACUGACUACUACUGUCCUACUUGCAAAGCAAAAUUUAAUUUUGAAUUAUCAGACUCAGAAAGGGGGCAACAGAAAGCAAAAUCAAAUAAAAAUAAUGGUCAACCAGCACUCCCUAACAAGGUUACUGUUAUUUGCUCAGGCAUUGAAGGUGUAUAUUUUCCAAGCCUCCACUCAGUUGUGUGCAAGUGUGGAUCAUGUGGGACAGGAAAGCUAGCACUAAGUGAGUGGGAACGGCAUACUGGUUCCAGAGAAAGAAAUUGGAAGAUUAGCGUGAAGGUGAAAGAUUCCAUGCUGCCACUAGAACAAUGGAUGCUGCAGUUAGCAGAGUACCAUUCAAAUGCCACAGCUCCUGUCAAACCUCUUAAACGGCCUUCUAUAAAAGAGAGAAAACAGAAGUUGCUUGCUUUCUUGCAGGAGAAACAUGAACCAGUUUAUGUUAAGUGGACAACCGAACGAUGUGCUGUAUGUAGAUGGGUUGAAGAUUGGGACUACAAUAAAAUUAUUAUCUGCAAUAGAUGUCAAAUUGCCGUACAUCAAGAAUGCUAUGGGGCAAGAAAUGUUCAAGAUUUCACUUCUUGGGUUUGCAAAGCAUGUGAAAAACCUGAUGUUACACGGGAGUGCUGUCUUUGUCCUGUGAAAGGAGGUGCUUUAAAGCCGACUGAUGUUGAGACAUUGUGGGUUCAUGUCACAUGUGCUUGGUUUCAACCUGAAGUCUCUUUUGCAAGUGAUGAAAAGAUGGAACCUGCUCUUGGAAUCUUGAGUAUUCCAUCAAAUUCUUUUGUGAAGAUUUGUGUUAUUUGCAAGCAAAUUCAUGGUUCUUGCACGCAAUGUUGCAAGUGUUCCACAUAUUACCAUGCAAUGUGUGCCUCAAGGGCUGGGUACCGAAUGGAGUUGCACAGCUUGGAGAAGAAUGGUAGGCAAAGAACAAAGAUGGUGUCGUAUUGUGCUUAUCACAGGGCUCCAAAUCCAGAUACAGUUUUAAUUAUACAGACACCACUAGGUGUUUUCUCCACCAAAAGUCUCCUUCAAAAUAAAAAGAGGAUGGGUUCAAGGCUUAUUUCGUCUAAUAGAGUAAAAAUUGAAGAGGUUCCAGUAGUAGAAACUACUGAGUUAGAGCCAUUUUCUGCAGCAAGGUGUCGAAUUUUCAGAAGAUCAAACAACAAUAGAAAGAGAACACAGGAGGAAGCAAUUGCCCAUCGAGUGAUGAGACCUUGCCAUCAUCCUUUAAGCACAAUACAGAGUCUUAACAUAUUCAGAGUGGUUGAGGAGCCCAAAAGUUUUUCAUCUUUUAGGGAACGGCUUUACCACUUACAGAGGACUGAACAUGAUCGAGUUUGCCUUGGUAGAUCAGGAAUACAUGGGUGGGGUCUUUUUGCCCGGACAAGCAUUCAAGAAGGAGACAUGGUUCUUGAAUAUCGUGGGGAACAGGUGAGGGGUAGUGUUGCUGAUCUGAGAGAGGCACGUUAUCGACUGGAAGGAAAAGACUGCUAUUUGUUUAAGAUCAGUGAAGAAGUUGUAGUGGAUGCCACUGACAAAGGGAACAUAGCACGCCUAAUCAACCAUUGUUGUGCACCCAACUGCUAUGCAAGAAUUAUGAGUGUGGGAGAUAAUGAGAGCCGGAUUGUCCUUAUAGCUAAGACUAACGUGUCUGCUGGAGACGAACUAACGUAUGAUUACUUGUUUGAUCCUGACGAACCAGAAGAGUUCAAAGUCCCAUGUUUAUGUAAAGCUCCAAAUUGUCGAAAAUUCAUGAAUUAGGACACACAGCAUAGCACAGCACACAAGCCAUUUUUUCUCCGCGAGGAUCACUAACCCAAUCUCACAGUCGUCAACCAUACCAAAUUUCUAGUUGUUGCCAGAAGUUGAGCAAAAAUGUGCUUCUUGUUUCGUUUGUUUUUCAUUACCUUUUUCUGUAUCCUUUUUCAACUAAUUUGAUAGUCAAUAAAAGUCUUAGAUUAGAUUCACCAGUUGAGUUUUAGGUAUUUGUGUAUAAUUUUGAGAGCAGAGGGUUUUUUUUUUGGGCAAAAAAUAGAAAAUAUUUGUGAGA